GGACAAGCAGUGGGAAUGUUUCCUGUUUGCUGCAGAACAGGUUUGUGCUGUGGCUGAGGGAUAAGUCGUUUUUAUGAAAAGGACUUAUGCAGUAUCGAAUUCCUUUGACGCUGUUUUCAUUUUCACUCUACCCGGGACAACAGACACUUUUACUCUGUAAAAAAUGGACUCGUUCAAAGGACCUUGCCCUCAUCGUAGUGUCCCUGUUGAGACUGAUGAGAGCAUGACAUCCUCCACUCUGGACUUGGUCUGGCCUCCUCCUUGUAACCAGUGUAGUGGACUCAUAGAGACCAGCAGAAGGCCACAGGAACAUGGCUAUGAACCACCUGGAGAACACGCUGCCAGACAGACGACAGUCCCAGAGAGCCAGCAAGAAUCCAGAGCCACCUGCCGUGAUUCCCCGGAACCUUGCUUUACACCCCAAACACGCUCAGGAGACAAGAGACCCCCCCACCGUGCAGGUGUUUCGCCUCAUGGCCUCAGAGAGCAGCAGCAGCACAGAGUUAACCACAGCAGAGGCUUUACAGGCCCUUCAAACAGGCCACAGGACCUCUCUGUGGAGUUGGCAGAAAGUUUGGAGGUCCCUCUUCCACUCCUGUCUGACAUUAACUACACCUCCUAUGUCCCAGCACAAUACCCUGCUCAGCACCCCAAGCCAGAGCAGGGGACUUCUCCCAGACAGUGUGCAUGUUGUCCUCCAAGAGAUCUGCACCGGCACAAUUAUCGUUCUUGUCAUUAUAAGCAUGGUAACCCAGCAGAUCCAUACCACGAGCCUCAAGACCACCAACAGUCCUGGAAGGUCUCCCAUAAAAGGCAACAACCUAAAGAGGCUGCAAAUGCCUCAUUGCCUGAGUGCAUGGCGCGUCCUAGAGAAGUGAUGCAUGAGGUCAGCGUGGAUUGCUCCUUGCAGGCAGGUCCAGGCCCUUCCACAGGGGAGAUCAGGAAGACAAUCAGCCUGCCUGAGGAGUGCAGGAGUGUUUUCAUCACGUAUUCAGUGGACACAGCCAACGAAAUUAUUCUUUUUACCAAGUUUCUGACUAAUCAGGGCUUCAGACCUGCAAUUGACAUCUUUGAUAAUCCAAUGAGGAGAAUGGGCAUCACUAAAUGGAUGGACAAGCAUUUGAAUGAUAAAUCAGUGCUCAUCAUUGUGGUCAUCAGCCCCAGGUACAAAGAGGACGUGGAGGGAUAUGGAGGUGAUGACCACGGGCUGCACACUAAAUACAUUCACAAUCAGAUCCAAAAUGAGUUCAUCCAACAAGGCUGCCUGAACUUCAGACUGGUACCUGUCCUGUUUCCUAAUGCAAAAAAGAGCCAUGUCCCCAACUGGCUCCAGAGCACCAGGAUCUACCGCUGGCCCGAGGACAUGCAGGACCUGCUGCUUCGCCUGGUCAGGGAGGAGCGCUACAUCAUCCCACAGUGCGGGUCUGAGCUCACCCUCACUGUCAAGCCCCUCUGAGAAAAACUGAGAAGUGACAGGCACUUUGUCAGUGUGACUCUCACGUGCCUCGAUGAAGUAGCAGAUCAGCUGUACUGUUUACCUUUUGUCACUUGUUUUCAUGAUGACCUUUCAUUCUACUUCCUCAGUGAUGACAUCUGAAAUGAGAACUAACUCAUAUCAGAAAACCAUGUUUUAAUUGUACUGAGAACCUAAUUUUUUCUUUGUUAUUUUCCACCAGAACCUUCAUCUUUAUAAAAUUAGCAGGGAGCCAGGGAGUAAUAGUUUGCAUUAAUUCAUAUAUAUAUUGAAAGCUGCUCUGAUGUGUCUGGUUGGGCAGCUGGUUGUUGUAGUGGCUGAUCAGGCUUUCAUAUGUUCAAUGUUAAAGGAUAAGAACAACAAUAAAACAGACAAAAAGCAAAAUCUGCAUAAUUUAGAGAUGUUUUUCUGGCAAACUGACAAAAGUUCAAUAGUCACUGGUUAGAUAAAAAAAAA